UUGUGUUUGUAAUUUGAAAAAAAAAUAAUUUCCACUUUAUGGAAAUUAAAUAAAAAUGUUAGGUUAUUUGUACGGCAUUUGAAAAAUACUGAAAGAUUAUACUGAAAGAUUAUAUUCAACCAAAACGAAAAAUGUGAAUCAAACUUAUCUUUUACUAGCUCCAAUAUGUGGGAGUGGUCUAGCUGUAUUUGGAUAUUGGGUUUAUUGUAAACAGUAUGAGAAAAAUCCCUUCGUAGUUAAUGCCGCUCGUCAGAAUAUAGAUGAAUGGGGACCAGUCGUACAAUUAACUUCCAGAGAACGUCGAUUCAUCAGAUUUGCAUCAGUCGAAUUCGAUGGACAGUUGUAUAUGACACCUCAAGAUUUUCUUGAAUCAGUUAUUGAGCAACAACCAAGACCUCGCCUUAAACGACGUAUUUUAACCAUGAAAGAAAUUGAACAAUUCCGCGAUGCAACGCCCAGUUUAAAUAAAGGUUCAUCGCAUUUGUUCAGGGAUAUGCGGGAUAAUGGUAUUAUUUCCUACACUGAAUAUCUAUUCUUGCUUUCAAUUUUGACAAAGCCUCAAUCUGGAUUUCGUAUUGCCUUUAAUAUGUUCGACACAGAUGGUAAUGAGCGUAUUGAUAAAAAUGAAUUUUUGGUAAUUCGGGGACUUCUAUCCGGUAGACUGAAAUCAAUGGCUGAAUUGGAUGAUUUCACUCGAAAUGAUAUGGAACGUAUCUUCAGUUACGCAUGGAAAGGUAAGCGAGGUAUAUCUGGUUCUCUAGAAGAAAAGAAAACCGAACGAAAUCCAGAGAAACAUCCGGAGCAAGAUCAAUACGUAAACGAUGAGACUGGUCUACAACGGCGACAUAUUGUCGAUACCAUGUUAACUGUUCACUUCUUUGGUAAAAAAGGCAAAGAUGAAUUACGUUUUAAUGGUUUUCGUAAAUUUAUGGAAAAUUUACAAACAGAAGUAUUAGAAUUAGAAUUUAAUGAAUUUUCUCGGGGCUUACCAACCAUUUCGGAAUUGGAUUUUGCGAAAAUUUUGCUAAGAUACACGUAUUUGGAUACUGAUGAAUAUGACAUGUACUUAGAUCGUUUAGUAGAACGCUUAAACGAAUCGGAUCGAAUAUCAUUCAAUUCAUUUAAAGAUUUUUGUCAAUUUCUAAAUAAUUUGGAAGACUUUACGGUUGCAAUGCGUAUGUACACACUAGCCGAUCGUCCAAUAUCGAAAGAUGAAUUUACGCGUGCUGUAAAAUUAUGCACUGGUACAACUUUAACACCACAUUUAGUCGAUACAGUAUUCGCAAUUUUCGAUGUUGAUGGUGAUGGAUUAUUGAGUUAUCGAGAAUUUAUCGCUAUUAUGAAAGAUCGAGUUCAUCGUGGACUUAAGUCCUAUGCAAAAGCUGAAGGUUGGGAUGCGUUCAAAGCUUGUUUAAAACAAGAAAUGAAAACGCCAACAUGGAAACAUUAAUUUGAUUAUUUACCAAAAAUUUGAUUUUAUUCAUAAUAUUACCAAUUACUACUAACCCCAAACUAGCUUUAAAAUAUGUUGUUUUUUAAUGAAAACUAGUUCAAAUUUUUUGCGCGCUAAUGUAUUCAAAACUAGGAUAAUUUCCUGUUCCGUCUCAUAUUAAUUUAUCGUCUGUGAUUUAUUUCAUGAGAUAUUAUUACAAAUCUAUUCGUACAAAUAUUUAUAGAUAUUUAUUUAUUUGAAGUUAUGUUUCUAGAUGAAAGAGGAUUUAAUAAUACUUUACGAUCUUGGAAUCGAAAAAAAAGAUCGAUUUAUUCAAAUAAAUAGUCUUCCUAAACUCAGCACACUAGGCCUAUCGUUUAGAAUAGUUAAGUAAUAGAUCUAAUUUAAAUAUCCUACGUUCUUCCCUGUCAAGAAAGACAGGUGUAAAACAGGAAUUUUUGGCCUAUGGUCUAUGGAUAGCACGAUACGAUUUGAAUCUACAAAAAAUAGACAUACAUUUUACACUCAUCGGAUAGAAUUUUCGAAAUACAAUACAGCUAAAUCGAAAGAAUACACAAUGUAGCUCCAAAUUUAGUAUCGAAAUUUGGUGCCAGUGAGUAUCUUCUAUUUUUGGUUAGGAUUUAGAACUGAUUCCAAGAUCAAAAACCUAAUAACUUU